UUUUGGAGUGAUUGACGGAGACGCACGGGAAGCUUUAGCAGGUAUAAAAAGCAUCGUGUAGUCAUGGUCAAAAGCAGCGACGCUUCCCUUGUUCAUUCUUGGGCUGCAUCACUCAAUGACUAUCAAAACCUCUUUUGUCGCCUCUCUUCUCUUCGCCGCGUCUGCGUUCGCGCAAUGCGGUGACCUCCCGUCAAAUAUCUCUCUCACACCCGAUAGCAUGCUCCCCGAUCCCUUCACCUUCCUCAACGGAACCGCUGUAACCACCGCCGACGAGUUCACCUGUCGUCAAGCCGAGAUCAGCGCUCUUUUCCGACGUUUCGAACUCGGUGAACUCCCACCUCGCCCCGAAUCCGUCGUCGGCACCCUCUCCGGAAAUAAUACUCUCACCAUCGACGUUUCCCACGGCGGACAAUCGAUCUCUUUCAACGUCGGGAUUCAGACGCCUUCUGGCUCCGGUCCUUUCCCCGCUCUCAUCGUUUUUGGAGGGUUCCUUAGCCUUCCUCAACCUUCGGGUGUGGCGAUUCUUUCGUUCAACAACGACGAUAUCGCGGCACAGAAUGAUGGAUCGUCGCGUGGACAGGGAAAGUUCUUUACGCUUUAUGGAUCGAAUCAUUCGGCUGGGGCUAUGAUGGCUUGGGCUUGGGGUGUUGCGAGGAUUAUGGAUGCGUUGGAACAGGUCGAUACGAACAUCAACCUUGAGAGGGUUGGUGUUACGGGUUGUUCGAGGAACGGGAAGGGUGCUCUUGUUGCUGGGGCUUUCGAACCGAGGAUUGCGUUGACGAUCCCUCAGGAAUCGGGGAGUGGUGGUGCGGGAUGUUGGAGGAUUUCCGAUUCGAUGCUGGCUAAUGGGACCGUCACGCAAACGGCUAGCGAGAUCGUUCAGGAGAACGUUUGGUUCUCUACUGCAUUCAACACUUUUGCUCAAUCUGGCGUGGACCCUUUGCCUUUUGAUCAUCAUAUGCUUUCGGGACUCAUCGCUCCCCGUGCGCUUCUCGUCAUUGAUAACACUGGGAUUGAUUGGUUGGGUCCCGAGUCGGUUUGGGGUUGUCAGAAGACGGCCAACUUGGUUUGGCAGGGACUUGGCGUGGGCGAUUUCAUGGGUGUUUCGCAGGUGGGGAACCAUUCGCAUUGUGCGUUCCCCAGUCAGGAGCAGCCGGAUUUGGACGCGUUCGUGAAUAGGUUCUUGAAGGAUGAGGAUGCGGAUACGAAUAUCAUCAAGACGGAUGGGGCGAAUGGCCUUGGGUUUGUGGAUUCGCAGUGGAUUGAUUGGGAGGUUCCUGAUCUCUCUUGAUCGUAUGUUGUGGUGUGAUGUUGUAUUACCGUCCUUCUUUGAAAAUUCGAUUUGGUGUGAUUCUCUGUCCUUUGCUCAAGUUCUACAACGGUCUGGGUGGCUCAACUUGGAUUGGUCGAUCGUGAGCUCUUGACUAGAUGGUAGUGAGGAUGAGGCCUGUUUCGUAGUGCAGUUACCUGUAUCCUUGCGUCCGGCGUACCGUG